AUGGACGAAACUAACACCAAUACCGCGCCGACUAACACUCCCACCACGGCCACUACACCGGCCGCUCUAACAGACCUCUUCGAAAAGGCUGAGGGCAGCUUCCCGCCUCGAUUCCGCGAGCAUGGAUGGUACUUGACCGUAAUCGCCUCGCUCAUCGGAUCAGGCCAGCAGAAGCUCGCCGGGAGCCUCUACACUCACCUGGUCGCCCAGCCCCAGUACCAGACGUCCGCCGAGCGCCAGGCCCUCAUCCGCCGCCUGCGUGAGGCCAUGGUCAAGUGCAUCAUCAUCAACGGCAUCCCCGUCGUUAUCGAGGCCGUCACGUCAGUCUCGCAGGUUGAGAGGCCCGAGGACACGGAUCUGUCCUGCUCGCGCGAGGACUGGCAGAUCGGGCCGGAGACCUCGAAGCGCGCCGCGGCCGUGCUCAAAGUGCUGUAUAAGAGCGAGGUGGGCGCCCCCGUCGAGGUUUUGCAUGCCCAUAAGGAUAUCCUAUGGAUCUCGGUCAACGUGUCUUAUGGGCUUUUCCUCUCGGACCAUCGCAUCCUCGAUAUACAGGAGACGGAGCUCGUCGUGACCCCUGCGAUCAUGACGCAGAAUCUCCAGGACCCGACAUACUGGCAUCUGAGGGCCUGUCUGCGCGUGGGCAUGGAGCCGGAGGAGGUUGAGGGCAUCCACAAGGUCAUCGAGUUGGUAGCGGCCUACGGUGGAAAGACGCUCGAUGUUAAGCGCGUCAAAGACGUGACGGAUGCAUAA